CUUAUAUAUACUGUCUAUGGUAUUUACAGUAUGGCCCAAAUUUGCCUACGUAUAGCCAGUUUGUUAGAAACAAAGGCGCUAAACUAAAACAAAAAACAUUAUCAAGCUCAAACCUGCAAAGUUACUUUCCUGCUAACUAACGUUAGCUAACUUUGUUAACGUUAGGUUAAGCUAGCUAACUUAAUAAUCAUAGAUUUAUAUCGUAUUUUAUAUACUAUGAUGAAGAGUAAUAAUAUAAAGUUAGCUUUCAUGUUUUGGUUGAUAACUACUCGUCGCUAGUUAUUAUUGCAGAAUAGCGAGCUGUGUUAUUUUGAUCUUUCACCCAGUAAGGACAUUACCCAGCAGCGUGCGAAUGCACUCUUCUCUAUCAACUAAAGACACUCCAAGCAUUUCUCAGUUGACGUUAGUUAGUUAGCUACAGAGGCUAGGCCUAACGUUAGCUAGUCUUUUUUAAAUACUUAACAAAUAGAACACCCAGGUGCUGUCAUGUGACACUUUCAUGUGUUUAUAUGUUGGUGAAAGGUGAAAUGUGUCUUCAUGCAGCUUACGUUUGGCCGUGUAAAUAAAGGAGUAUUUUUACCUGCUCCAAAAUGUCUACAGAGAGUCAGUGCCUUCUUCUAUUCUAUGCAGAAUAUAUUAUGUUAUUAUGUAUCAGGUUAAGUUUAGAGAUGGCACUGUAAACACAAUAUAGAAAACUAAUUUAUAGAGAAGUACAGUCGCUACACCAAACAGUUGUAUCAGUGUUUAUUAAUACUUAAAAAAUGCCAAAAGUGCCACACAGCUCUUCUUUCUCAGUAACGCAAUGUGGUACUGCUCGGUGAAUAUUUUUAAAGAGCCCCUAUUAUGCUUUUUUGGGGUUUUCCGUCAUUAAGUGUGUUAUAUAGUUUUGUUGUGUAUGUAAUAUGUAUAAAGUACAAAAAAAAAAGUUUUCACUCCAAAUGGAGCUUUUUCUCCCACAGAAAAAGCACUUCUCUUCAACUUCCUGAAACGCCUGGUCUGCAAAUUCCCCAAUCAGUGACGUAGACAAUUAAGAAAGCCCGUCCUGCCGCACGCCCUCGCUCUAAGGAAGAGAACCAGGAGGCAGGCAGGUCGGCAUUGAACAAUUUGUUUGGAUUACAUUUAUCAUGUCCCAGUGGAGGCGUUGUGUGCUUGGCUGCGCAAGCGUAACGCAAUUGUUUGGACUUCCAAAAGAAGAAGAAAAGAAGAAUCAGUGGCUUAAAUUUAUUUAUGGAACGCGUCCUGAUCAAUACAACCUCAACAUUUUUUUGUGUUUUCGGCAUUUUACCAAGGAUAGCUUUGUGAACUGGGCACAGUUCAACUCCGGGUUUUCCAAGCGUUUGUUACUGAAAGACGGGUCAGUUCCCACUUUGUUUGACCAACCUGGAGCUUCCGUAUCACAACUUCAGGACACUGGUACUACACAAACUAGAUUUCAGGAAGUAGGAUGCCAGACUGACCAUCGACAAACCAUCUCAGUGGGCACACAGUCCGUGGCUUCUAAAAAGAUGUUUUCUGUCGGCACACAGUUAUCCAGGGGCACACUGAGGGAGCAUCACAUGAGAAGCAAAGGCACCCAGGCAACGGUGUCUUGUGUCAGUGUUGGGACUAAAACCACAUCCCGUUGUGACUUCCCACUGUCAUCUACAUCAAUUAAAGGCCAGUUAGUCAGACCAAGGAAGAGACCUCGUCUUGAGAUGGAUGAGGAAGAGGAAGCAGACACAUCAGCGGAGCCUGCGGAGCUGCUAGACUCGACAUAUAACCCGGGCGACUUUGUUCUUACGGAGGAAUCUGACAUGUCGUUUGUGCCAAGGACCGCAUAUGCUGAUGAUAAAUAUGUCGUCUUUGAAAGCUGCCUCAGAGAGCUGUUUGACAACUGUCCAGUGUGCAAUACUAGGUGUGAUGUCCGGCGGCUGCGAAUUGGUACUUAUGUGGCAUUCAACCAGUUUUGCCCAAAAUGCAACUACUCGAGGCAGUGGCAGAGCCAGCCGAUGGUUCGAAGUACUCCUGUUGGCAACCUUCUGUUGUCAGCAGCCACAUAUUUCACCGGUGCAUCCUUCAUACAACUGGAAAAGAUAUUUAAGGCCAUGCAGCUCCAGAUUUUUCCGUCCGACACCUUCAGGAUGCAUGCUAGGAAUUUCUUGGAGCCAGCUAUUAUUCACAAAUGGACAACGGACCAGCAGAUUCUUUUGCAGCAGCUAAAGCAGAAGGGAAUGCUCAGACUUUGUGGAGACAUGCGAGCAGACUCACCAGGCCAUUCAGCUAAUUAUGGCAGUUACACCGUGAUGCACCUGGAGAGUAACACUAUUUUAGACCUUCAGCUUGUUCAGAGCAAUGAAGUACGUGGUAGUUACCGCAUGGAGAAGGAGGGAUUGAAAAGAUGCCUAGAUCUUCUUGAAUCAAAUGGUUUGGAAGUGGACUACAUCGUUACCGACCGCCAUCCACAAAUUCAGAAGUUUCUUAGGGAAAGGAACAUUGCACAGUUCUAUGACGUGUGGCACUUUGUAAAAGGUUUGUCCAAGAAACUGGACAAAGUGGCACAAAACAAGGAGUGUGUGGUGCUGAGAAAGUGGCUGCGCAGCAUAAAAAAUCAUCUUUACUGGAGUGCCAACUCGUCAAAAACAGGGCCUGAAAAGGUGGCCAAGUGGACGUCCUUGGUCAACCACAUCCAAAAUGUUCACAAACAUGAAAACCCCAUCUUUCGCAAAUGUGAACAUCUGGACCGAGUGUCAAGGGAUCCAGCAAAGUGGUUCCAACCAGGGUCAAUGGCACUCCACAAAGUGGAAAAAAUACUUUGCAAUAAGAGAGUUCUCAAAGAUGUGGAGAAGCUGAGUCCCCACUUCCAAACCUCAUCGCUGGAGGCAUUCCACCGCUUGAUCCUGCGCUUUACACCCAAGAAUGUGGUCUUCCCUUUCCUGGGAAGGUUGUGUAGGCUGUACCUAGCAGCCAUGCAUUACAACGAAAAUGCAGACUACAGCCAAGCAACAACAUCUCUAGGGCAAGCUGUCGACAAGGACGUAUUCCCCAAAUCAGAAAAGGAUUACGUGGAUGACCUGAUGAGGCUCGUCUUCGAGGAGGUGUUUGAGGACCCAGUGCCAUUUGCUGAAGAGAUGCAUAAAAUCUCCAUCCCCAAGGACCUGGUAUUCCAAUAUGAGAGACCCUCAAAGGAGGAAGUGGCUGCCCAACAUGUCUCCCUAUUCAGUCAAGUGGCAGGCGGAUGCCGGCGUAUUGACCAGCCGGAUCAGGAAACUCCGGAGUACAACACAGGACUGGAUCACAAUCCUGACUUGGUCCUAAAUAGCCCCAGCACCAGCUAACAAAACUGCGAUAGGCGAGAUGACGGUAAUCCAUGAUAGAUAGUAGAGGAUUGGACACUAUUGGUGUUGAAGAUACAAUCUACCUGCUGUGUAUAUAGAUUAGAUUUCCAUGUAUCAUUUAGAAAGUUCUCUGUACUUCUUUUUUUACAUUUUGAUAUAAAUAAAGUUUCUUGGUGAAAAUA